AUCACUGUGUAUUUAAUAUAGGUACGUGCCCGAUAUAGAUUUAGAUGUCUGUAUGGUGGCCUGGUAGUUAAUCUUAUUGGAGGGUGAAGGAAAUUCCGCCGCCGCUUACAGGGCGAUUGGCGCUGCUUAUCAACAUGAACUCAGGUGAGGCUGAAACGUUCUGUGAAUGACCUGCUACUGGUCAUCGGCCUAGCCCUAAGAAGUUGAGGAAACGCUCAAAAAUCUCCCAUAGGGCCUCUUAGUCGUAGGUUUGCCAUAUCCACGAGAAUCUUAAUCUCUAUACAAUGCUAGAGCCUUGAAAGGUUAUAAAGAUGGGACAUGGACCAGAGAUUCACAAGAAGCUGAGCAACGUGCUGUCCAACUCUAUAUCUGACGGCACAUCAUUUCUUUACGGUCGUACGCAGAGCGCCGAGUCGAUUCCCACGAUACCCGAUGACGAGACCCACGGCGUCCUCGGUCUAACAACCCUUCACGAACCGUUACCUCCUACCAGCGUUUCGGCGGAUAUCGUCUUCGUUCACGGACUCGGCGGAGGCAGUCGAAAAACAUGGUCCUAUUCCACCGACCGGCAUCAUUACUGGCCGCAAGCAUGGCUUCCAAAAGAUCCAGACUUCGCAGACAUACGUAUUAACACAUUUGGCUACAAGUCUGACUGGGUGGAACGACAGCAGAGCAUCCUCAACAUUCACGACUUCGCCGAGUCGCUAGUUGGAGAACUAAAAAACAACCCUAGCAUACGGCGUAGUAAUACACGUAUCAUAUUCGUCUGUCAUAGUAUGGGCGGAUGCGUUGCUAAGAAGGCUUACAUUCUGGCACGCCAGGAUCCGACUUGUAAAGAUCUCGCCGGUAGAAUCCACUCGAUCUUCUUCUUAGGCACUCCCCACCGGGGCAGUGAUCUUGCAGCAAUCCUAAAGAGGUUGUCUAUCAUCGCCUGGGGCUCGAAACCGUUCGUCUCCGACCUCACCCCCGACUCGUCUACAUUGAGAGAUAUUAACGACACGUUCCGUCACUAUGCGUCGGAUCUGCGUCUCUGGUCCUUUUAUGAGACGGCCCCCGCCAAGCCUAGGGUUCUGAAUAAAAUCGUAGUUGAGAGACAUUCGGCGACGCUUGGUUAUCCUAACGAAGAGAUUGUUGCUAUGAACGCUGACCACCGCGAGCUAUGCAAAUUCAACAGUCCGGCUGAUCCUAACUACAGAAUCCUACGAAAUGCCCUCCAUACGGCUGCUGACAUGCUAAGAUCAUUGCCAGUUCGAAACUUGACCCCUUUACAACCUUACAUCAACAUGACUUCCGCGCAGAAGGAUUCGAACCAGGAGGGCAUUAAACAACGCCUAAUGACGUUCCUAGACGUCGUCGAUACGCUAGAAGACGAGCUUCAGAUUCUCCAAUUGCUCCAAGAGCCGGGCUCUUGCCGGUGGUUCUCGGAAGCGAAACGGUUUAUCUCGUGGAAAGUAGAUGGGUCCCCAGGGAUACUCUGGCUUGCUGGGAGACCGGCGUCCGGAAAAUCAGUUCUUUCUAGCUACGUAGUUGAGCAGGUGAAGUCGCUAGGUGCUUCUUGCAGCUACUUUUUCUUCAAGGAGAAGGAGGCUAGCAAGUCCACGCUAAGCGAUUGUUUGCGUUCUCUCGUCUUUCAGAUGGCAAUGCAGGAUAGCCAAGUCACAGAAAUGCUCCUUCAGCUCGAAGGCGAAGGUGUGAAUUGGGAUAUAACCGAUGAGCUGAGCGUCUGGAGGAGGCUCUUCAUCAGUGGGGUCUUCAAGCUACCUUCUAUCUCUCGCCACUUCUGGAUAAUCGACGGCGUGGACGAGUGUACCAACUUCAACUCUCUCUUCACCAAGAGGAUCCUCGGUACAUUGCCUAAGAGUCUCCGCCUUUUCGCUACCAGCCGGAAUCUAGAAGAGAUCGAACGUGGCUUGGCGUCUCUCGGUUCACGUGUGAGUCUACAAUCCCUAUCCGAAACUGAUACGCUUGGCGAUAUGCGCCUCUUCGUGACUUCGCGGCUCAGAGAGCUGGACCGCCUAGAAACCGACGAAGGCGUCCGUGCGAUGUGCGAAAAGAUUCUAGAGAAGUCAUCCGGUUCUUUCUUAUGGGUUCGGCUCGUACUUCAAGAGUUCGAGAAUGCUUGGACCAGCGAAGCCAUGGAUGCUGUCUUGCGUGAGGUGCCUAUAGACCUUCAAGAGAUGUACGGCCGGAUGCUUCAAUCGAUGGGGAAGGAUAGGCGCAGAGUCAAGCUUGCAAAAUCAAUCUUGACGUGGGCUACUCUAGCUUGCCGACCGCUCACGGUUGAAGAGCUACGCGUUGCCGUCAAGAUUGACGUGAAUGAGACGCUACAGAACAUGAGCAAGGCAAUUCCUAGCUUAUGCCACCAACUUGUCUUUGUCGACGGCACCGACAGGGUGCAUAUAUUACAUGCGACCGCGCGGGAAUUCCUUCUCGACGAGAGUCUUCACUCGGAAUUUGCCAUCCGCGGCGUUGAGAAGCACGCCUAUCUCGGCUCUCUGCUGCUUCGGUAUCUCACCAAUACCGCCUUUAAGCAGCACGCACUACCACGGCGACAGAGCUCAGGAUUCCGUGGGUUCACAAAGUCUGCUAAUAGUAUUUCCUCCGACCUUUCUUUGCUGGACUACGCAGCCUGCUUCUUCUCUGAGCACAUAUACCGAGGCACCUCGAGAGACGAUAUCUUGAUGGCUGAACUGUGUACCUUCCUAAAGGGCAAAACGAUCCUAUCGUGGAUUGAAUAUGUUGCUAGACAUGGGAACUUGGGCGAUAUCGCCAGGGCGGCAACAAACCUGCGUGGAUAUCUCGGCCGAAGAAUGAAGUACCUACCUCCCAUGGAUCCCUCGGCUUACCUCGUCGACUGCUGGGUGACUGAUCUAAUCCGAGUCGCCGCGAAAUUCCGAUCCCAGUUGCUGGCCUGUCCGUCGUCAAUACAUUACAUCAUCCCGUCGUUCUGCCCUUCGGAAUCUAUCAUUUCAAGGAGCUUUGCCAACAGUGCUCGACCUUCGGCGAUAACUGUUAAGGGUGUCCCUACGGCCACGUGGGACGAUUGCUUGACCCGUAUCGAUUUCGAGCGAGGUCGAGCCACUGCCCUAAGCCACGAUUCCCAAUUCUUGGCGAUCGGCUUGUCUACUGGGCAGAUUUCACUAUUCGACCCUCAAUCUGUUCAGCGCGUGGCGGACCUUAUUCAUCCAGAAAGGGUCAGAAUGCUAGGGUUCAGCGACGAUGGCGAAUAUCUUGCUUCUUCCGGUGCCAAAAACCUAAUCGUCUGGCAGACAAGAUCUAGGACGCAGAGGUUUUCAUUUCCGCUGAUUUCGGAGCUUAUUGCUUUUACUUUCUUAAGCAGCGACGAGUUUCUUUGUGCCUUUGCGUCUGGAGAGCUGACCAAAUGGAACCUCGACACCGGCGAACACGAAACGAUCUCCUGGAGAGCCAUCCACGACGAAGAUAUCACCGGUACUAUGGAGAUUCCUGAUCAGCCACCCAAAAAGGCGGCCUUCUCUACUGCGGGUGAAACGGUGCUGCUCGCCGUGGGUUACCGGAACCACCCAAUCUUCAUCUGGAACGCCUUUGAGCUGCAGCUGCUAGGGCAAUGCGUAGCCGACGGAGCCAACGGCAUAGACGAUAUGGCAUUUAACCCCAACCCCGAGAUUGCCGCGCUGGUAGUGUCCUACAGCGACGGCAGGCUGUUUCUCUUUGAUUAUAUAACAAUGAUACCCACGUUCACUCGUCCGAGCGUAUUCGCUAAUAGCAUCGCCUGCUCCCCUGACGGUCACAGCCUCGUCACCGGCAGCAUCAGGGGCAUUAUUGAGGUAUUCGAAUUCGACCAGGACCAUGCCGGAAGCAUAGUACUAGUUCCUAUAUACGGCAUCCAGGCAUUCGACGACUCGAUCCGUAGUGUAACAUUUAGUGCUGAUGGCCUACGCUUCGUCGACCUUCACGACCAACAAUGCCGUGUCUGGGCACCUACAGCCCUGAUGCGGAAGGAAAACGAACUAGAGAGUGUAAGUGACAUUGUUCCGCAUCCCCCCAAGAUAGUCGAUAUUCUCGAGGACUCGGAGACCCCAGAAAUCACAAGCGAUUUAGCUGCGUCUUCCAACGGCGGCUGCGUUGUUGCAGGCAAGAGUAACGGUGAGGUCUUGGCGUUCUCCGCUGUCGACGGGAAGGAAUUAGGCGUACUGUAUCAGCAUGGAAGAGGUGUAUCCGUAAUCAAUCUCGUCCUAGGAGAAGCACGCAAUUUCGUUGCUUCAGCAGAUGAUUCUGGAAGGGUAUUAGUGGCAGAAUUGUCUUCGCCCCUCCCCGCAUCAUCAGCGUCGCAGAAGCUACCAGCCGCGCGUAUCAUCCUAGACCACAGGUUCGGUGCCGCUGUUGUUAGUCUACUCCUUAACCCCUCGGCAGGUCGGCUCCUAAUUAGUGGGCGCGACACCAACCAACUUUGUGAUUUGCUAUCAGGUCGGGUUUUGAGUUCGAUAUCUCAUGUCGUCAAUAACACCACGUCGAUGGCUCUCAGCCGGCAGGUUGCCUUUUUGGACAUAGGCGGAAGUUCGACAGCAGAUGUCGCCUUCCAGCAUCCAACUAACGAGGAAUGGGUCGUGUUGAUGUCUGCUGAUACCGCUCGAAUCUUCUGCUGGUCCGAUUUCCACGAGUUAACUACCGCGAACGGCAUCCUCCUCCCAAACCCCUUAACACCCGACGAGCCUCGUCCCCUCGAGCAGUUCCCAACUAAAACGUCAAUUACGCGUAGCUCAUCGUAUUAUGUUGGACAGGGUUUCGUUCUUGAGUUGGUUAGAACGUCACCCUCCGUAGCUCCACGGCUCUACGUCUGGCCAAUAUCAGCAUUCAACCCGACAGCAGCGUUACCUCUAACACGACUUCCUACGGAAGUGAGUCUGAGUAGUAUCAACACGGAAAUUUUAACAGUACUCGGCAUCAUAGGUCAGUCUACGGUUCUCCUUAUAGAUGUAAACCUUUGGGUAUAUAGCAUGGAGCUUCGCCCAGUGCAAGCGACACACGCCGUCCGUGCCAGCUUUUCCUCCGAAACUACAAUAGUGCAGGACGAACCCGAAACAAUUACUCCAAAAAUGCUGCCAGUGUUUACGAGGAGACAUUUCUUUGCUCUAAGCGAGUGGCGCACGCCUGGUGGAGAGCUACGGUGCGCGGUAGCGCAGCGUGCAGGUAGUCCAGAUUUCUUCUUUGCGAGUAGACAGUACAUCGUCGUAGUCCAAGGCGGAUUGGACUUCUCAGAUAUCAUGGCGGCUACGUAGGCACUAAAUGUACAAAAGACUGUUACAUGCAACGAAUACGAAUAUGGAACCGGAGACACGGCGUAAUCGAGCCCACCUGUAUGAAUAUUAAAUAGGAACC